CUCGGUGUGGAAGACGGUCCCAGGGCUCAGUUCAAUGAAGGACUACAUUUCCCAGGAGGGCAUGCGGCACGUGCUAGCGGAGGCGGCUACCUUCCCCCGAGGCUCGGUGCUCGGGCGCCCGCGGCGGAUGUUCUCCCGGAGGAGCCACGGGGAUGUCAAGAAAUCGACCCAGAAAGUGCUGGACCCGAAGAAGGACGUGCUGACCCGCCUGAAACACCUCCGAGCGCUUCUAGAUAUUGUAGAUCCGAGUGAACUGAAAUAUUUUUUUGAAACGAAUUAUUCUCAAAUAUAUUUCAUCUUCUAUGAAAAUUUCAUAACACUGGAAAAUAGCUUAAAAUUAAAAGGAAAUAAUAAGUCCCAACGGGAGGAGCUGGACUCUAUCCUCUUUCUUUUUGAAAAAAUCUUACAGCUACUACCUGAAAGGAUUUUCUUUCGAUGGCAUUAUCACAGUAUAGGAUCGACUCUAAAGAAGCUUUUGCACACUGGAAAUUCUAUUAAGAUAAGAUGUGAAGGAAUUCGGCUGUAUCUUCUAUGGCUUCAGGCACUUCAGACAAAUUGUGCAGAAGAGCAGGUGCUAAUUUUUGCCUGCCUCGUACCUGGAUUUCCAGCAAUUAUGUCAUCAAGAGGUCCCUGUACACUUGACACACUUAUAAAUCCUACUCCUUUUUCAUCUGAUACAAAGAUACAUCCUGAAGAAAUAACCCCACUCUUGCCAGCUGUAUCAGGUGAAAAAAUUGGGGAGGACCAAACCUGCUUUUUUCUUCAAGUAUUAUUGAGAUAUAUGGUUAUUCAGGCUGCAAGCUUGGAAUGGAAGAAUAAGGAGAACCAAGACACUGGGUUUAAAUUUCUCUUUACUUUGUUUCGAAAGUAUUAUCUACCCCAUUUGUUUCCAUCAUUUACAAAAUUAACAAACCUCUACAAGCCUGUCCUAGACAUCCCCCAUUCAAGACCAAAACCAUUAUAUGUUACUGCAACUCGAAACAAUGAAAAUACUUAUAGCACAAAAAUUCCAUAUAUGGCAGCCCGUGUUGCUUUUAUUAAGUGGAUUGUAACAUUCUUUCUGGAAAAGAAAUACCUAACUACAGCUCAGAACACUAAAAAUGGAGGAGAAGUAUUGCCUAAAAUCAUCCAGAAUGUUGGUGUAAUGGUGCAAGAGAAAACCUCUGAGUUAGAAGUUAGUGGGCCAUCUGAACAGGACAAAAAUCAUUCUAAUAGCAGUACUUUGUCGGAUCGAAGACUCAGCAAUUCCAGCCUUUGUAGCAUUGAAGAAGAGCAUCGAACUGUGUAUGAAAUGGUUCAGCGAAUUCUCUUAUCCACUCGAGGUUAUGUCAAUUUUAUCAAUGAAAUAUUUCGUCAGGCAUUUUUGUUGCCAUCCUGUGACAUAUCUGUAACAAGAAAAGUGGUCAAAGUAUAUAGAAAGUGGAUACUACAGGACAAACCUUUGUUCAUGGAGGAACCUGAUAAAAAAGAUAUUACCCAAGAUGAUGAUGCACAUUUGGGAUUUUCAGUGACAGAGACAGAUAAUAAGCAGGCCACAACUGAACAUUCUGGUCACAAGCGAUCUUCAAGCUGGGGACGAACUUACUCCUUUACUAGUGCUGUUAGCAGAGGCUGUGUAUUAGAAGAUGAUAAUAAGAAUAUUAAAGCUGGAGUCCAAGCUACACUACAGGUAUUUUUGACAAAUUCUGCCAAUGUCUUUUUAUUGGAGCCAUGUGCUGAAGUUCCCAUGCUUUUAAAAGAGCAAGUUGAUGCCUGUAAAGCUGUUUUGAGUAUUUUUAGGCGCAUGAUAAUGGAACUUGCAAUGAACAAAAAGACAUGGGAGCAGAUGUUGCAAAUACUACUCAGGAUAACAGAAGCUGUCAUGCAGAAGCCAAAGGAUAACCAAAUAAAGGACUUGUUUGCCCAGAGCUUGGCAGGGUUACUGUUUAGGACACUUAUUGUGGCAUGGAUCAGGGCAAAUCUGUGCGUUUAUAUUUCUCGAGAACUUUGGGAUGAUUUUCUUAGUGUGCUGUCUUCACUUACUGACUGGGAAGAACUAAUAAAUGAAUGGGCCAAUAUCAUGGAUUCAUUAACAGCUGUAUUGGCCAGAACAGUUUAUGGAGUUGAAAUGACAAACCUCCCUUUGGAUAAAUUGAGUGAGCAAAAAGAAAAGAAGCAAAGAGGCAAAGGUUGUAUUUCAGAUUCACAGAAAGCCACUGUCGGGAGAUCAUUUUCUUUGAGUUGGAGAAGCCAUCCUGAUGUUACAGAACCAAUGAGAUUUAGGAGUGCUACUACAUCUGGAGCUCCAGGAGUUGAAAAAGCAAGGAAUAUAGUCUGUCAAAAAGCAACUGAAGUUGAAGAAUGUCAACAAUCAGAAAAUGUAAUGGGAGGUGAAUCUGGCUGCCUGUUGUUGGUUGGCCAGGAACAACAGAUACCUCGUAGCAGUAGUACUUCUGAUAUAACUGACCAGUUACAUUCUGAGUCUUAUCAAGGUAAAAAAAUAGAGAACUCACAGAAUUUAAGUUCAUCAGACCCCAGACAAAUUCAGGAAAAUAAAGGACAUUUAAAGAAAGAAAAUGAAGGACCAGCAGUUUUAGUGCGAAGAAGCAGCAGCCCAGCUGAAAUAGAUUUAAAAAGAUGAUUUGCAGCAGACAGAAGAAAAUGUAGAGAAAGACAAAGAGUAAGUGAAAGUGUUAGCAGUGACACAUCUCUUGGCUAUAAUAAUGAGGUAGAGAUAACAAUGAAUCCAUGGCAUCCAUUUGAAGAAGACCAAGAACUGAAUACACCAACUGAUGUUGCUGUGGAUUCAGAUGCUAGACAUUGGUUACAGCUGAGCCCCACAGAUGCCGCAAAUUUAACAGAUAGUAGUGAGUGCCUUGCUGAUGAUUGCAGUAUAAUUGCUGGUGGAAAUCUCGUAGGUUGGCAUCCAGAUUCUGCUGCUGUGCUGUGGAGGAGAAUCUUGGGAAUCCUUGGAGAUGUUAAUAACAUCCAGUCACCCAAAAUUCAUGCCAAAGUUUUUGGCUAUCUUUAUGAACUCUGGUAUAAACUAGCAAAGAUACGGGAUAAUCUAGCGAUAAGUUGGAUAACCAGACUUCUUCCAUCUCCUCCUGUCUUGAUCCCACCACUCCGAAUGUUUGCAUCAUGGCUUUUUCAGGCCACUACAUUGCCAGAUGAAUAUAAAGAAGGGAAACUGCAAGCAUACAGGCUAAUCUGUGCUUAUGAUGGACCAGACGCCAAGAUGUUUUUGCCAAACUCUGAUUUCCUAGUGCAUUUUUAUCUUGUUAUGCUCAUUGGCUUAACUAGUGAAGAUCAGGAUAUCUUAAAUACUGUUAUAAAGCAUUGUCCUUCCCGUUUUUUCUUCUUGGGUUUACCUGGCUUUACAAUGCUGAUAGGAGACUUCAUCACUGCUGCAUCCAGGGUUCUCAGUACAGACAUGUUGGCGGCCCCACGUUCCGAAGCUCACACCAUUCUGGGUUCUCUUGUUUGCUUUCCCAACAUUUAUCCAAAAAUUCCUUUACUUCAGUCAGUUCCUGAAAUUGAUGGAGUCAUCACUGGAUCUGAAGACAUCAAACAUUACCUCAUAAAUAUUUUACUGAAGAAUGCAACAGAUGAGCCAUGUGAAGGUGCAAGAUGUAUUUCUGUAUGCUGCCUCGGACUUUGGAUUUGUGAAGAGCUUGUUCAGUGUACAAACCAUCCAAAAGUAAAGGCCGCAAUCAAUGUUAUAGGUGUAACUUUAAAGUUUCCUAAUAAGGUAGUGGCACAGGUAGCUUGUGAUAUCCUUCAGUUGCUUGUGUCCUAUUGGGAGAAACUUCAGAAGUAUGACAACUCUCUGCCACGGAAAAUUACUGAAAUCCUUGUGGCCACAAUUGCAUUUCUUUUACCGAGUGCUGAAUAUUCUUCAGUAGAUACAGAUAAAAAGUUUAUUGUUUCUCUUUUACUCUGUUUAUUGGAUUGGUGCAUGGCAUUGCCAAUGAAAACCCUGAUGCAUCAAGUGUCUACUGUUCUUGAAGAUCAGCAUUCAUCGAGAGCCCCCUUACUCGAUUACAUUUAUAGGGUUUUGCACUGUUGUGUUUCUGGCUCAAGCACUUAUACCCAACAAAGUCACUACACGCUGACUCUGGCUGACCUUUCAUCUGCUGAUUAUGAUCCUUUUCUGCCACUGGCAAAUAUCCGGAAUUCUGAGCCUGUACAGUACCCUUCCUCAGCAGAAUUGGGAAACCUACUUACCGUUGCUGAAGAAAAACGGAGGAGGAGUUUGGAAUUAAUACCUCUGACUGCCCGUAUGGUGAUGACACAUCUAGUAAACCACUUGAGUCACUAUCCACUGAGUGGGGGCCCUGCCAUUCUUCACAGCCUUGUUAGUGAAAAUCAUGACAAUGCAUAUUUUGAGUCACCUGAGCUCUCUUCUGAAGUCUUCAGAAGUCCAAACCUACAGUUGUUUGUAUUUAAUGACAAUACCCUUAUGUCUUACCUUCAGAUUCCUGCAGAAAGAACAGAAGGGGGACCCUCAGGUGCCCUCUCUGAUGUCAGGCUUAUUGUGAGAGAUAUAUCUGGAAAGUAUUCUUGGGAUAGCAAAAUAUUAUAUGGACCUUUGGAAGGCUGCUUUGCACAGAACAAGAGGAAUAAUUCAUUUGUGCUUUCAGACAGUAGACAGCAGACAUUUGAACCUGAGAAAGAGUUAUCUCAAAUUGAAGAAGUAGAUGAUGUGCUUGACAAAUUACUUGAAAAUAUUGGCAAUGCAAGCCCUGAAUGUCUUUUACCAUCCCAGCUAAACCUUAAUGCUCCUUCAUCACCCCCAUUUGGAAUGAGUCAUUAUCAAGAAAAGGAGAUCAUCAAAGCAAUUUUGUUUCAGAAUGCCCAAGAAGAGGAAUAUGUACAUAGGUGCAGGUCUGAUGUUACAAUGAAAGUUCCCAAUCAAGAACAGCCAGUUCCUUCUGAACCACAAGGUCCAUUUUAUUUCUGUAGAUUACUGCUGAAUGACUUAGGAAUGAAUUCUUGGGACAGAAGAAAAAAUUUUCAUCUGCUGAAGAAAAAUUCUAAAUUGUUGAGAGAGUUAAAAAAUUUGGACUCACGUCAGUGCCGUGAAACUCACAAGAUUGCAGUAUUUUACAUUGCUGAAGGACAAGAAGACAAGUGCUCAAUACUGUCAAAUGCAAGGGGAAGCCAGGCAUAUGAAGACUUUGUUGCUGGGCUUGGUUGGGAGGUUGACCUUUCAACACACUGUGGAUUUAUGGGUGGCCUACAACGAAAUGGCAGCACGGGGCAAACUGCACCUUACUAUGCUACCUCUACUGUGGAAGUGAUUUUCCAUGUCUCCACUAGAAUGCCAUCUGAUUCAGAUGAUUCCCUCACCAAAAAGCUUCGUCACUUGGGAAAUGACGAGGUUCACAUCGUCUGGUCUGAACACACCAGGAACUACCGCAGGGGUAUUAUACCAACAGAUUUUGGAGAUGUUUUAAUUAUUAUUUAUCCAAUGAAGAAUCACAUGUUUUUCAUCGAGAUAAUGAAGAAACCAGAGAUUCCAUUUUUUGGGCCUUUGUUUGAUGGAGCAAUAGUGACUGCAAAACUGCUGCCAAGUCUCAUAUGUGCUACCUGCAUCAAUGCUAGCAGGGCUGUGAAGUCUCUCAUACCCCUCUACCAGAGUUUUUAUGAAGAACGGGCUCUGUAUCUUGAAGCAAUAAUCCAGAAUCACAGAGAAGUAAUGACAUUUGAGGAUUUCGCAGCUCAAGUCUUUUCUCCCUCUCCUAGUUACUCCCUCAGUGGAACGGAUAGCCUCACCACCAGUGUGAGCGCUGACCUUCCUGCUUCCAUGGGAGGAGAGGUGGCCAGUCAAACGUCUCCAUCACUUACCCGUGCCCCCAAACUGAAAGGCUCUGGGAAACUUCGUCGUUCUGCUAGUGCCCUCAGCAAAUCUUCAAAUUAAAGUACAUUAGAAACUGAGACAUCUCAAAGAAAAUGUUUGAGCUAACUCCAAAUAGGCAGUAUCAGCAAUUGUCUGAACUUCACAGGAUGAUUUUGUGCUAUAAAAUCACAGUUCCUUCCAAAGAAGAAAAGAAAAAUUCACCACCAAACAAGGUUCACUUCCCUCUCCCUUGUGCAUUAUUUGUGACUAGACUAGGAACAGCAAGUACAAGGAAUCCUAUGUGGCUUUUGAUGUGUAUCACAGGUAACAGGUUUUGUGUAACUCAAGUACUUUUUUCUUAUUUAUAAGCAGAAGCACAACUGUCAUAGGAAGAUAUAAAACAGGUAUUGAAGCAAAUUGUUUAUGGAACUGUCUUUGGUUGUAUUGAUUUCAUUAAUAAUGACUAUGAUAUUAGUAUUUGUGUUUUAGUUUAAAAAAAAAAAGCUUUCAUCAUCAUAGAAAACUGGCUUUCCCCAAGGGCUUUUCCUCAUGGCCCAGAAGUGAUUUCACUUCAGUUUGAUUCACUCACUUCACUACCUAGUCAGAUAUCAGGAUGUAAUUUUCCACCAGAUAUCCACUAGCACUGGAUAAGUUUAAAUGAUAAUCUGUAGAGCUUCCAGGUCGUAAUUGAGAGAUAUCGCAGCAUUGAAGAUUCAGCUUUCUGGGAUCACAGGUCAAGUCAAAUUAUAGCAAAUCCUCAUUCAUUGAUAAUCUUCCAUAAAGAAAAGGAUGAGCAGAACAGUAUUCACUAUAUCAAAAGCUGUUUAUUUGAACAGAUAGUUUAAAGUCUACAAUUUGAAUCUGUAACCUCUAUUACUUAACCAUUAUUCAAAACCUGGGUAAUCUGUUUUCAUGUAGAUUGUCAUUAUAACAGUAACUAACUAAGAUAUGACCAGCACUCUUGAAGGACUUGAGUUCUAACCCAUAGUAAAGCCUCAUUUGCUAAAAAUGCUUUUCUCUUUGUGCCCCAAGUCUUAACUUCAUCGUUCCCACCACUAUAACUAUAACCACAGAAGAAUUUCAACAUACAGAUUCCAUUUCUUCAGCCUCUUAAGAAGGGCACAACUAUAUACUGAGAGGCAAUGUUGUGCAUGAUUCUAUACUAGACAUUGUGGGGAUAAAAACCAUUAAGUAUCUAUAUAGAGCCCACUGUGUGCCAGGUGUGAGAUGCACUAUUGCAGAUGAAAGGCCAGAAACACACAAGAAAAAUUGCCUGGAGUUGACCCCACUUCUGAGUAAAUAAAUAAAUAUACUUUGUGGCCCCAAUCAUUACUUUAUUCUAAUUGGCUAAUGUCAGAGACCUACCAGCUAGCCACUGAGUUCAAUCCCUAGUUAUUAAAGCUUCAGGCUACACUAAGACUUUUGGGGCACCCAGUACAUUUACUUUUAAGAUCAUCUCCAAAGUGCAUAGCUCCCCAUUAGCUAACACUGAACUUUUUCAUAAACCAAGAGACGUAAACCCAAUCAGAGAAGGAUGAGGCAGGGAGAUAAGUGUGAGCAAGUCAGGACUGGCAGUUGAUGAUGAAUGUGAUGAAUGCUCAAGGUCACAGAAGAAAUCAGAUCAUGUGAAUGAUAUUAACUCUUCCUCUUUUCCUUUUUUCUUCUCUUCAUUUCCCUUUCUAGUUUCAUGUAGUUAUAUGAAAUACCUUCCUGACACCUUUCAUUUGAGGGUUACUAUGAAGGCCUGAAAAAAUGGUGUCUGUACAAUCAGUCUAUUCCUAUGUACACAGUCAUUUUGACCAUUCGGAUGGCGCUAACUUCAGACAAAACAGUAGAACCAGUUGUGUGUGUAGUCAGCCUCAAGCCCUUGCCUGACUUUCAAUAAUGCAUGUAAGCCUAGUUCGUCGGAAGUCAGGAAACCUCUAACUCACCCUUAGGAAGGGUUCAGACCUUCUAGUCCCUUUCUUUUCAGGUCACUGAACUGUGUCCCAUAAGGAUUUUAGGAAUUAGAAUUCUUUUCUAGUUCCUAGAGACAUGCCAUCCCCCCAAAAAGCAUUUGUAUAUUAGCUUGGACGUAGGCAGGUAGUUGGGGCAUUUCAAGGAGCAUAAGGGAAAAUUCAAUCACUUCAGAUUGUUUUUGUUUUGUAAACUAGUCUAUUUAUGUAAGUAUUCUCUGGCUCCUUAUCAUAGACAGUAUCAUGAAUAGUUGAUUUUCAAGGUUUUUUCCUGAUUAUGCCAGCAAAUACCUCAUCCCCAUUUGUUAUAUUUUAAAUCUGCACGACACAAUGGCAAACAGUCAUUUAAGCUUUUUUAUUAGUUUUGUUUUUUAAACAAUGUAGAAGAGCCUGACUAAUAGGCUAAGUAAACUUAUGGUUUCUCAAUUUGGAGUUGGCCCAGAGUUUGUUCAGAUAACUCUUUGAGGAACAUAAAAUCAUCAGGUGUCAUGAAGGCAUGUAAAAUAACUGGAUUUCUAAGAGAGGUGAUGAUGAUGCAUGUCAACAUAGAAGAGGCCAAAUUAAAGUCCCUUUAUUUCAUAAUGAUUAUGGUACAGCACCACAAGCUUGUGCCACUGUAUUUCAGGGCGCACUCUGUGCUACCCUUCCAAUUACAAAUUCUGACUGUCAAAAGCUUGUGACCAAGACCCUGCAGUUUGCUUCAGGGAUAGACACAAGCAUAUUUAGCUCAUGCUUUAUUUUCUGUGGCAAAAGGGGGGAGGGGCUAAUUUCAUCUACAAUUUUUAUGACCAAAAAUUACAAAGAAAAGAAAAUAGGUUCUUUCUAGAGAUGAUUUACAUGCUUGGUAACAGAUUUAAUUGGGAGGGUUUUUUUUGAGAAAAAUAAUUUUAUGUACAAAUGGACUAUAAUCAUUUUUACUAUUGGGUGGUUCGUUAUCUCACUUAGAAAAGCAAAUAUUGCACCUUCAUAAUAAAUGCCUUUCAGCAAAAUUGAGUUGAUAAUCAGUCAGCACACACCCCUAGGUACCAGUGCUGACAAAUCACAUUAGCAGGUCAACCAUCUGUGAAUUAAAGUGUCCCUAAUUAGACCUAAAUGUGAUAAGACUUGUUGGCUUUAAGACAGUGUUAGGUAUGCCGAGUUCUCCCUUGUCUGCAUGUUACUCUGAUGCUCUAUAGCUAAAAACUAAUGUAGCAAAAUCUCAUGGACUAUUUUUGUUCUGAAAAAUACUACUACUAAAAAGGGGGAGAAAUGAAACACCUAAACUAGACAAAAACAAGAAAAUUCAGCCAUAUCAAAUGACGAUCACAAGUGUCUUUAAAUGCAUGCACUCAAUGACACAGGACCUAGGAACUACAGGGUAAGGGUAGGGUUUGUAGCCUUAGAUUUGGUGGCUUGUGUUGAUUGGCCAAACCCUGAGCCUUAUUUUUUAAAAAUCAUGCAGAUUCAUAUAGCAAUGCAAAUAAUCUCUAGAUCUUUCCUCAGGUCUAAUUAAUCUGUUCUUCCUCCGAUGUUGAAUUUUUUUAUCAUGUAUAACAAUUUGAGGAAUACUUUAAAAUUUACUGUGACUUCUUAAUAAUUGUUUUUAUCUCUUCUGUACGUGAAACUAAAUUCCAUAUGGGACAAGCCAUUGUUUUUAGUUACAUCAAUAUCUCUGUAAGAUACAUACAUUAAGUGAAUGUUUUCUGUUUCCAUGUCUACAAUGUUUAGUGUGUGUGUAAAUAAGAAAAGGUAUUUGAUAAAUUCAGUAAAAAUUAAGUUAUAAUGUGUCAUCUGCUUUUGAUUUUGUUUUUCCUUUAUUUUACUAAAACCUAACAUCAAAGUUUAAAACUAGGUGACUUUCCAGUCAUGCAUUGGAUGUUACUACUCUUUAUGCAGACUUAUAUGGUACCUGCUUUUGUAGACAUUUCUUCAUACCAGGGCAAGAACUGCUGGCAAAGGCAGACCUGAUCCCUAAAAACAACAGAAAGAAAUGCUUCCUCUUAACUACUUCAGCUUGGCUUUGGAGUUGUUUCUCAUUUGUGAUAACAUGUUGAUAAAGUAAUUUAGAAGGGCUGCACUUGUGUCCUAUAUAUUUAAUUUAUUUACGUUUUGAUUAUUUGAUGUGAGGAUAUGGUGGUUAUUAGUCACUAAUAAAAACAAGUGUCAUAUUUAUGCAGGGUGAAGUAAUUCUAAUGAUAUUUUCCCCUAAUGAUGACCCAAAGGUUUACCUUCCAAAUUACACAAAUUCAGAAGUUACAUUAAUUAAAUUCUCUCUGUGUACAUGAAGUGUAGUGUUAAGAGCAAAAUAAAAGUUGAAUUCAUAGAAA